AUGAUAAGAAGAAUUUUAAUAAAUAAUCAAAUUUUAAAAAGAGAUUGUAAUUCAUUUUCAAAGAUUAAAAAUUUUGAUUCAAAAAAUGAAUCAAUAUUAACAACAACAACAACCACCAAUGAAAAAACAGAUAUAAUAAAAAAAAUUAAUUUAAUUGGAAUUCAAAAAGAUGAAUUAGAAGAUAAAGUUUUAAAACUUGGAUAUCCAAAAUAUUUAAGUGAACAAAUAUGGGCAUUUAUGUAUAAUAAAGGCAUUGUGGAUAUAAAUUCAUUUGAAAGAGUAUCAAAAGAAAAAAGAGAAGAAAUAAAAUCAAAAUAUGAAGUUAAUAUAGGUGAGAUUACCAAACAUCAAUUAUCAGUAGAUGGAACUAGAAAACUUUUAAUUUCAUUUGAUGGUGCAGAAGUCGAGAGUGUGUUUAUACCCGAAGGUAAAAGAGGUACACUCUGUGUUUCAUCACAAGUUGGUUGUACAUUCGCCUGCACAUUUUGUCAUACUGGUACCCAAAAAUUCAUUAGAAAUUUAACUGCAUCAGAAAUCGUAUCACAAGUAAUAGCGACAAGACAUGUUUUAAAUGAUUUUACAGAUUCCUCAAUAAAAAGAACUCUAACUAAUAUAGUGUUUAUGGGUCAGGGUGAACCAUUUUAUAAUUAUAGAAACGUUUCAAAGGCAAUCAAAAUCAUAACUGAUCCAAAUGGUUUGGCAAUUGGUAAGAGUAAAAUCACAGUUUCAACAAGUGGUGUCGUACCUUUGAUCGAUAGACUGGGUAGUGAUUUCCCUGGUAUUGGUUUAGCAAUUUCAUUACAUAGUGCAAAUGAUAAAACUCGUUCAGAGAUUGUACCUGCAAAUAGACAAUGGCCAAUCUCUGAAUUGGUUGAAGCUUGUAUUAAAUUUUCAAAAAAUUGUAAAGAAAGAAUAACAAUCGAAUAUGUAAUGUUAAAAGGUGUAAAUGAUUCAGAACAAGAUGCUUAUGAUUUAGUUAAACUUUCAAAAUCUUUUCCAUCUUUUGUAAAUUUAAUACCUUUUAAUCCAUGGCCUGGAUCACAAUAUAAAUCUUCUUCAAAGGAAACUAUUUCCCAAUUCUCUAAAAUUUUAGAUGAUAAAGGUAUAAAGGUUACUAUUAGACAACCACGUGGUCGUGAUAUCUUGGCUGCAUGUGGCCAAUUAAAUACAGAGUCUAUAAAAGAAAUUAAUAAACCAAUCCAACCAUUGGAAAAUUUAGAUUAA